AUGUUUAAUGAAUUGGACUUGAAAUCAAAAGAUUCCAAGUAUAAAAGAUGGUCGCCUCGUAUGGAUCAAUAUCUUAUGAAGCUUUUAUCAGAUGUGGUUCAUAGUUUCCCUAAAGGUGUUGAAUCUAAAAUGUCUAAAAAAGCAUGGGCUUAUGUAACUGGUCGCUUAAGAGCUGCUAAUCCUGAAACAGUUUAUUCUACUUAUACCAAAUAUUCUUGUCAACAACAUCUAAUGCAUGUUAAUCAUCAUCGUUAUAAAAUUUGGUAUUCUUUAAUGACCCAUCAAAAACAUCAUCCUUCUAAUAGUGGGUAUACCUAUAGAUGGAAUCCAAACAUUGGGAAAUUUCAAAUUUUUGAACAAACUUCCGGAAUCCUUAUUGAUGACGAUCGCCAAAUUAAAUCUUUACUUUAUAGUGAAGGUUUGUCCUUACCACCACUCAAUAAUUUAAACAAAGGUAAUCUUAUCGUUAAUGAAUUCUUUUUCACGGAUAAUUUAAAAUACAUGUCUCUUUAUCAUAAUGAAAUCUUGCCGUUAUUGAUGAGAUUAAAUCCAUUCUAUUAUCAAGGAUUAGAACAUGUCUAUGAAGAAAUUCCAAGAUUCGAUUACCCAGAACAAAAUAAUGAAUAUUUUAAAGCUUUAAUCCCUGCGAAAAAUUCAAGAUCUAAAGGCUCUGUUUCACCAAGCUCAUCUAAUGGAUCAAAGAAAAGGUCCCAUUCUGAUAUUGGUCUCAAGCACCAGGUGGCUGUUUCCGGGCCCUCGGCAAGCGAUGUUCAAAUGUUUUUAACUCAAGAAAAUGGAACUGAUCGUGCUAAUGACUUAGCUGCACCUGAUGAUACUGUUGACCCUCUUUUGAAAAGAUCAAGAAACACUCCUGAUGCGUCUGUUAAUCAAGUGGCUGAUUUCGAAAAUGCCUUAGCUAGUGCUGCUAUUGCUGCAAUCGACUCCCCUGCUGUUACUAAUGGUCGUGAUCCUCCUGUUUAUUUUAAAGAACGUAAAUGGUUCAAUAAACUAAUGGCUUUAUACAAUAGUGACCUUAUAUCUUCUGAUGAAGUGUUGACCGUUUGUGAGGGGGUCAGAGAUGGCAAAAUUCCAAUGUUCAUGUUAAAUGUAUUGGAUAAUACUUACUACGCAGUUAGAAAUGGCGAACCACAAGAUUUAGAUAACGAUGAUGAUCUACCAGAUGCAGAAAUCGUGAAAAGAAUUCGUCAAUUCAUGCUUCCUAUGACAUUUCCUUCUUAA